AUGGUCAUCAAGGUUUACGGUGCCCCCACUGCGUGGACGCAGCUCGUCAUUUGUGUCUUGGAAGAGAAAAAAGUCCCUUACGACUAUAUCUUCGUUGACAUUUUCAAUGGCGAGCAGAAGUCCCCAGAGUUCUUGGAGAAGCAACCGUUCGGCCAGACACCGUACAUUGACGACGAGGGCUUCAUUCUAUACGAAAGCCGCGCAAUCGCGAUCUACAUCGCCACGAAAUACGUUGACCAAGGGACACCUUUGAUCCCCUCUGACAUCAAAGCGCAAGCUCUCUUCCACCAAGCCGCGUCAGUCGAAGUGUCCCGUUUCAAUGGGCCCGCCCUUGCAGCCGCGAUGGAGAAGUUAUACAACCCGGUAUACAAUGGCCUCGAAUGCGAUCAAGCCGUUUUUGAAAAGAAUGUUGCCCAGUUGGGCCUCAAGUUGGACGUUUAUGAGAGAGUCCUAGCGAAGCAGAAGUACGUCGCCGGCGAUGAGCUCACUCUUGCGGAUCUUUACCACCUCCCUUAUGGGCGACUCGUGGGAAUAGCUGGGACAGACCUCAUGACGUCCAGACCUAAUGUCAACAGGUGUGCGGUCCGAAUUCUCUCUGGUAUGGUCAUUCUGAACAAUUAA